AUGGCUCUGGACGUCAUUCCUCCCGUUCAAACGGACAGCAAGACGGAGCCGACGACACCAGGAGCGUCGCUGAAGUCGAAUCCUCCCAAGGCCAUCGCGACGCCUAAUCAAUGCUCGUCAUCCUAUCGACUUCUGUACCGUGGUGCACUGUCUCUGCCAGACUCCCAUCUGCUGCUAGAUGGUCUGACAUUCUCUGCGCGACUGGAUUCGCCUUCCAAACACACCAAAUCUUAUUCCCUGUUGGAGAAUCCGUUGGCUUUGGCGUUGGAGAGUAUGCGUGGCCGGCCGAGUCUUAGGCUCCAAGGUAUCGUCAAACUCGCAGAUAUCUACAUGGACGAGACUGGAAACGUCGAGCUGGACAUCCAUCCAAGAGCCAUGCUGUCUCGGAUAUACUUUGAGAAUACCUUUUGCCUUAAGCCAUUCUCCUCCUCCGACCCUUCUCAAUUGAAUACAACGCGGUCCGAUUUUGGUGUCAAAGUGGCUUUGGGAGACAGUGAUGGUCCUGAAACGACGCAAAUUAUUAUCUAUGCUCAAGUUAAGCCUUCAACAACAAUAAUAGAUCCAAAUGCACCCUCGACAUCCGCGAACCCCAUACCGGCCCCGGCACAAACCAUCCGACUGUGCGUUGGCCGAAUUACUCAACGACCUCAGCCCAAAAAACGAUUACCACGUCCUGACGAUCCCAUCCCACGGAAGCCACCUAUCUUAUUUGCCCGCGAGAUACAGAGAGCGGAGAGUAAAGGGAGUUUGGCUUUCGCAAUUGGCACAGGAAAGAUCGGCAAAGUCAACGAGUUGAAACGCGUUGGAAGUGGAAGCUUCGCGGCUUCUGCUAAUGGCGUUACGAAGAGGCCUAAACUGGUUGGAGGUACCUCCAGCUCGAACGACGUGUUCAAGGUUCCAGAAGUACCCCAUAGGCAGAGCAAGGGGAAGGAAAAGGCGCAGGAUGUAUUUGGAGAUGUGGCUGAAGUGCAGAAUGGGAAGGGGAAAGGGAAGGCGCCAGUCAGUGGGCAGGAGGCUGAGGCCGCCGCUUUGGAGAAGGCGAAUAAAUCUGAAAUCAAGAAGGCAACGAUCGCCUAUCUCGCACAGACCAAGGACCCAACGCGCGAUAAUAUCGUUGUUGACAAGAAGCAUCCUGAAUGGAAGGAUCUCUACGGAUAUGUGUAUCGAGGCGUCUGCUUUGCAAUCCGCAAUCGAAUGAAGACAGAAACAGUUGAUGGUGCUCUUGUGGACCGGCUACUGAAGACCCACGUCAAGCUGUAUCUAUCCGGUCGCGGACCUCCAGACUCUUCCAACACGGUUUCAUGGAAGUUGCCAGCUCAGUCGUCGUCGAAAGCAUACCAAGGGAGCAGUGCUAUAGCUGUAACUGGUACGGGGACAACGCAGGAUCCAAUCGUGCUUGGGCGGUAGUAUGACAUUUUCGGGUUCACCUCUUGUAUUUAUAUUAAGCAGGCAGUAGCUUGACGCGUCGAUGGGCGGUGAUGAGACUCAAAUUAGGGGCU